AGAGAGAGAGAGAGAGAGAGAGAGAGGGGGAUCCGAGGUGAUGUUUCUGAGUGAAAUUCUGGUGAGAAUUGGAAAUUGAACCCUCGUUUCAAUUUCAUUGAUUUGUUCAGGCAUUAACAAAAAGAUGGAGGUCACUUUGCCGCUUCAAAGAUCUCCGAGUUGCAGAACAGUGUUCUCCGAGAGAACACAGUUCAGGAUCAAGCCGUUUCUCGGAUUUUUGCCCACACAAUCUUUCAACUGGAAAAGGGAUCACGUGGCAGCCAACAUUACAUAUCGAAUCACUGCAAGUGCGGACUUUUCAAGAAGGAGGCCGAGGAGAAUUUCCACACCAAGGUCUAAUGAUUCUACACCUAGGGGAUUUACACCAAGAACUCAGGUCCCUACAACAAGCAUCCAGCGAAGGGGUCAGAAGAACAACGAAAAAAAGAAAGGUACAGGCCCUUCACCAGCCCCGGAGUUUACAAUUCCGGGUUCUAAUACUGAAACACCUCAAUUAAAAACUGGAUCUGAUGAGGAAGAGGUAUCGGGCGUUAAUCUAGUUGUAGCAAAAGCAGAGGCGGAAAGUGAUGGCAUUGGCCUAGGGGUUGCAUCAACCAGUGAAUCGUUAUUUGACGAGGAUAAAAUAAGUCAAUUUGAAGAAACUGUGCGAAUGCCUGAAGUGGACGAGCGAAUCAUAGUGGAAUCAAAAGAUGCCAAAGGAAUCACCGAGAGUGAGGUCAGUAAUAAUGCAGGUAGAUUACUUAAUGUAAAUAUGGUGCUUGAUACGGUAAAAGAUAAAGAGACUAGAUGGAAUAAAAACAUCAGGAUUGAUGAUUUGCAGGAGAAGGCGUUAGUAUCUGGGGAUAUUGAUGUUUCAGUAUAUGGGAGAGUUAUUGAAGAAAAACAGAUAUAUACUAAAAGCAGUGAAGAUGGAGGGGGGGAGAACAUCGAGAAAGAGGAGUCUGUAGAAGAAAUAGAUAUCUCUAAAGUUGGAAAUAAUGCAUCAAGAGAAACAGAUUCAAGAAAUGAGACUAUAUCGAAGACUGUAGAUAAGGUUGAAAGCAUCAACUCUGUUGAUGAUUUCCAUAAACGUCCAUCUGUGAAGCCAGAAGGAGUUGAUGAAGGUUAUAACUCAAUUAGUGAGGAUAAAAAGAAGGCAGAUAAUUUUCUGAAGCUAAAACUGGAGUCGGAAGAAAUUUUACGUAAAGAGGCAUUGGAUAGGCUUGCCAGCGAUAAUUUCAGGAAAGGGCACAAAUUAUUUUAUUACCCCGAAAUUGUAGAACCCGAUCAAGAUAUAGAAAUAUUUUUCAACAGAAGUUUCUCCACUUUGAAAUUUGAGCCAGAUGUUAUUAUCAUGGGAGCUUUUAAUGACUGGAAGUGGAAAUCAUUUGCCAUUAACUUGAGCAAGACCCAGUUAAACGGGGAUUGGUGGUCUUGCAAGGUCUAUGUUCCUAGGGAAGCUUACAAAAUUGAUUUUGUGUUCUAUAAUGGGAAUGACGUCUAUGAAAACAAUGACGAGCAAGAUUUCUGCAUAACUGUGGAGGGUGGAAUGGAUGGAUUCGAUUUUGAAAAUUUCUUGCUUGAAGAGAAACGCAAGGAACAGGAAGAAGUUAUGAGACGGAAAGCUGAAAGGGAAAGACAAGUGGAAGAACAAAGGCGUAUAGAAGCAGAAAUAGUAGAAAGUGAAGCUGAUCGAGCUCAGGCCAAAGAGGAAGUUGCAAAGAGAAGGGGAAUGCUGCAAGAGUUGCUGAAAGAUGCUGUGACAUCGUUUGUUAAUGUCUGGUACAUAGAGCCUUCUGAUUUCCUUGUUUCGAAGCUCAUCAAAUCUGAGAGCAAAGACGGAGACUGGUGCUGUGCUGACGUUGUUGUACCAGAUCAAGCCGUUGUUUUGGACUGGGUUUUUGCUGAUGGACCACCAGAGCAAGCAGUUGUUUAUGACAACAAUCUUCUCCAAGACUUUCAUGCAAUUGUUCCCAAAUCCAUCCCUGGGGAACUAUAUUGGGUUGAGGAAGAACAACAAAUAUAUAAAAACCUUCAGGCAGAAAGGAGAUUCAGAGAAGAAGCACUACGGGCCAAGGCUGAAAAAACUGUGCGUCUGAAAGAGGAAACAAAGGAAAGGACUUUGAAGACAUUUUUAUUGUCUCAAAAGCAUAUUGUCUAUACUGACCCCAUUGAUGUCCAUGCUGGAAGCACAGUCACUGUAUUUUAUAAUCCAGCCAACACUGUUCUUAAAGGAAAAUCUGAAAUCUGGUUGAGAUGUUCGUUCAAUCGGUGGACACAUCGCAUGGGUCUAUUGCCACCUCAAAAAAUGAUCCCUAUCGAAAAUGGUUCUCAUCUUAAAGCAACUGUGAAGGUUCCCUUGGAUGCAUAUAUGAUGGACUUUGUGUUCUCUGAGAGAGAAGAUGGCGGAAUUUUCGACAACAAGAAUGGUAUGGACUACCACGUACCAGUAUUUGGAGGAGUCGUGAAGGAGCCUCCAAUGCACAUUGUACAUAUAGCAGUUGAAAUGGCACCUAUUGCAAAGGUGGGUGGUCUUGGUGAUGUUGUCACUAGUCUUUCUCGAGCUGUUCAGGACAUGAACCAUAAUGUGGACAUUAUCCUUCCAAAAUAUGACUGUUUGAAACACAGCAAUGUGAAGGAUUUGCAGUUCCACAAGAGCUAUUCCUGGGGUGGGACUGAGAUUAAAGUUUGGACUGGGAAGGUGGAAGGCGUCUCUGUCUACUUUUUGGAGCCUCAAAAUGGAUUAUUUUGGGUUGGUUGUAUUUAUGGACGUGCUAAUGAUGGGGAAAGAUUUGGUUUCUUUUGCCAUGCAGCUCUUGAGUUUCUUCUGCAAAGUGGAUUUCAUCCUGAUAUAAUUCACUGUCACGAUUGGUCUAGUGCUCCAGUUGCGUGGUUAUUUAAGGAACAUUACAUGCAUUAUGGCCUCAGUAAAGCCCGAGUUGUUUUCACCAUACACAACCUUGAAUUUGGAGCAAAUUUGAUUAGGAAAGCCAUGGAAUUCUCAGACAAGGCUACAACCGUAUCCCCUACUUAUGCUCAGGAAGUUUCUGGAAAUUCAGCAGUCGCCCCUUACCUUUUCAAGUUUCACGGUAUUCUGAAUGGAAUUGAUCCAGACAUAUGGGAUCCAUACAAUGAUAAGUUCCUUCCUGUAUCUUAUACUUCAGAAAACGUCGUUGAAGGCAAAAGAGCUGCCAAAGAAGCUUUGCAGGAAAAACUGGGGCUGGAAAAGUCUGAUCUGCCCUUGGUAGGAAUCAUUACUCGAUUGACUCACCAGAAAGGAAUCCACCUCAUCAAACACGCCAUCUGGCGAACCCUCGAACGCAAUGGACAAGUGGUUCUGUUGGGUUCAGCUCCUGAUCCUCGGAUCCAGAAUGAUUUUGUGAGUUUGGCAAAUCAGUUGCAUUCUUCACAUGGUCAUCGUGCAAACCUGUGUUUGACGUAUGAUGAGCCUCUCUCGCACUUGAUAUAUGCUGGUGCAGAUUUCAUUCUGGUCCCUUCGAUAUUUGAACCAUGUGGACUAACUCAACUCACUGCGAUGAGAUAUGGAUCAAUUCCCGUUGUUCGAAAAACUGGUGGACUCCAUGAUACUGUUUUUGAUGUUGACCACGAUUUAGAAAGAGCACAAGCAUGUGGUCUUGAACCAAAUGGAUUUAAUUUCGACGGAGCAGAUGGUGCUGGUGUUGAUUAUGCUCUCAACAGAGCAAUAUCUGCAUGGUAUGAUGGAAGAGAGUGGUUUGAUUCGUUAUGCAAGCGUGUAAUGGAGCAAGAUUGGUCUUGGAAUCGACCCGCUCUUGACUACUUGGAGCUCUACCAUUCUGCUCGCAAAUGAGAGAAUUGAAGAUCAGAUCAAGAAACGACUUUGUACAGGUUUUUAUUGCUAGAUCCAGACCUCCUUUUUUUCUAAUAUCAUUUUGAAAUAAAAUAUAUACACCAAUAGCUGUAGAUUGAUAAUUGUCUCUUUGUUUUGAUCCAUCUAGUUUACAUUAAUAAUAAUGUAUGAUGGAAUUUUUUUGGAGUAAAAUUAGUAUUGAAGAGAGAUAAUUUAUUCAUUCCUCACAAAUGCUUAAAA